GCGCUCGGCCAAUGAAUGUCUGGAGCUGUGAUUAACCAGGCAGCAACACAUCAUUUCCUCCCGGCGCGGAUCCAGGGAGCCGGGAGGGAGAGAGGAGGCGGCGGGGCGGGGCCGUCCCCGCGCCCCCUGCAGGCGCCCGGCCGAGGGAGAGCCCGCCGAGCCCCGCCGAGCCUGACCGCGCCGCCCCCGGCGCGCCUGGCGCUGUCUGGCCCGUCGCUCUGCCUGCCGGGUGGAAGCUGCGAGCGCGCCGCCCGCGGGGCUACUCGCAGGCAACGAGUCAGGCCCGAGCCGGGCUCCAGUGGCCGGGGUGGGAGGAGAAGAGGCCGCGCGGCGGCACGAGUGAGUGCCCAGGUUCAUUCAUGCAGAGGGCAUUUAUUGGGUGACUGCAGUACUGCAAAAGGUUGCAAAGGAAAUGGAAGAUCUGGUCCCUACAGGUUGAGAGUUUACAAUCUAAUUAGAAACACAAGGCGAAUGUACGUGAAACAACUAGAAUCCCCAGCUGUAAGGAAAAGGACGAAGUAGGUGGGGGCAUUUUUUUCAUAAAGAGAAGAGCUAUGUACCUAUAUGAUCAGUGAGAAUUGAUCAUAUAGGUACAUAGGAGAGGCAAGUUCAGUACGAAUCAAGGCAAGAGCACCUAUAUGUAUCCCUGCUCUAUAGAAUGCUAUAACAGGGCCCUCAUUGUCACUUGGUCAGCUCUGCCACUUACAAACUGUUUUGACCUUGGGCACAUUUUUAACAUAAAAAGGAAAUAAACGUUGUUUCCUGAGGUGGUUGUGCAGGUCAAAUGAGAUUACAAACGUGAAAGCUUGUCAAGCUCAAUCAUGUACAUUCAUGGAGUCCUCAUUGUACAAACUGGCCCCUUCUUGGUAACCUUUAGAGUUCCCUCCUAGGCUGUAAGCUCCAAGAGGGCAGGGACCAGGUCUGGUUGUAUUCACCAUGUAUCACUAUGCCUAGCAGAAGGGUUCAUGGGAUGGUUCAAUAAAGUUUUGCUGAAUAGGUAAAUAAAUGAAUUAAUGAAUCCUGUUAUGCUUUGAACAGUUCCUAUUACCUGUUCCUUAAGCAGUUCCUUUAAUAGUGGUCUUACUGUAUGGCUGGCUCAGUGAAAACUCUCUAACUCAAUCCUCCUGUGACUAACUUGUGUGCCAGGAGACUGGGAGAAUUCUGGGUGGUACUGUCAGAGGCAUUCAAACCAGAGCGACUCCCAAUGAGGCUGAGACUUGCUGGGCUACGUCCUCAGAAUGUUAGACAUUCCUAGCCUCUGGAUGUUUACAGUAUUGGAACAAAUUAAUCAUGUUUACUCAACAAACUCAGACAUGGAAGUGUCCAGAUAUCCCCAUAACUGGAAACCGAAGGUGUUCGUAUUUUUGCUUUAAAAAUAAUAAUAUGGAUUCUUGCAAAAUAUUGAAAUUAAUUAAGAAAAUUAAUUCUUUAUCACAAACUCUGGUAGCAGAGCACAACUCCCCAUAUAAACAAGUGUUGUACCUAGGGUGGAUUUGUUCCUUGUCUUACUUUUGGGAACGUCCUACUCUGUCGAUGGAGUAGCUGUCCUUUGUCCUUUCACCACUUUCUUAAUAAACUUGCUUUUACUUUGC